AUGUGGUACUUCUCCUGUAUGAAUCACCUCCCUGUUGCCGCAUAUUCCCUGGCCGAUGGCAGGUGGGUAGAUCCCGAGAACGAAGGGGAGCCGCUCAAGGCAUACACGAACCCUCAAGGAACUGAAUCUGUUGCUGUAUAUUCUUGCGAAUUAAAGGCUGGUCCCAAAUUUACGUUCCUCAUCUACACGCGAGUUCCAAAUAAUCCGACUGUUGUCAGACAUGAAACAAGACUAUUGAACGGACAACCGAAAGGCCUGAGCUUUCAAGAGGUCAAUGGACUUUUUGGCUUCUGCAUACACUGUAUCUUCCGCUCGCAGCUGACCGGCUCAGACCUCAUCACCUUCGAUAUCUUGAACUCCAUUAUCCUGGACAUGAUUGGCAUGGAACGAGACGGAGAUGGUAUUAAUAAAGCUGGUCGUGGAGUGCGGGAUCUCCGAGUUCAACUUCCCGCAAAGCGCUUGACAGAGUUGUGGUCUAUUAUCCGGUAA